AUGGACUGUCCAGGGAAGGAAGGCGCGGGGGGAAGGAAGAGGAAUUUGGCCCUGCUGAGGAGCAAGCUGUACAUGGGGGAGAGGAGGAGGACAGAGCCCGUGGUGGAGAGCACCACCAGCGCCGGGGAUCACAGCACCCUGAGGAGGAGUCAGUCUGACAGGACAGAGUACAGCCAGAAAUUACAAGAAAAAAUGGCCCCACAAACAUGGUCCUCAGCUUCUGCCACUUCACUGCAGGAGGAUGAAGAACAAAUCAGCAGACGCAUGAUGGCCAAGCGAGUGAAAAUCAUAGCAGAACUCAUGAAGACAGAGAAAGACUAUAUCAAUGACCUGGAUCUCUGCAUCAAGGAAGUGAUUCAACCCCUGAGAAACAAGCAGAUUGCUCACUUUGACGUGGAUGGCUUGUUUAGCAACAUUGAAUUGGUCCAUCAAGUAUCAGCCAAACUGCUGUCAUUGUUGGAAGAAGCCACAACAGAUGUGGAACCACCCAUGCAAAUAAUCGGGGAAGUGUUCUUGCAGAUUAAAGGCCCACUAGAAGACACAUAUAAAAUCUACUGCUAUCGCCAUGAUGAUGCACACACCAUGCUGGAAUCCUAUGAAAAGGAUGAAGAACUGAAGCAGCAUUUAAGAGACUGUGUACAGUCCUUAAAAAAGAUCUAUGAAGAAGAAGGAAAGCCAAAUCUAAUGGAUAUGGGAUCCCUGAUGAUCAAACCAGUGCAACGGGUGAUGAAAUAUCCCUUGUUACUCCGUGAACUCUUGAAUUCAACUCCUGCUUCUCACCCUGACCACAAGGUGCUACAAGAUGCCCUUCUUGCUAUGAAAAACAUUAAUGUGAACAUCAACGAACUUAAAAGGAGGAAAGAUUUAGUGCUGAAGUAUAUGAAGAAUGAUGAUGAUGAAACCCUUAAAGAAAAGUUUUCCAGACUGAGUAUCCACUCCAUUAGCAAGAAAUCCAAGAGGGUCACCAGCCAUCUGAAAAUACUGACAGGGGGAGAACCUCAG